AUGGUGCAGUUGAACUUGGAGGACGACCACGGCCGCGACUUAGGAAAAGCAGAAAGUUUCCUCAUGUCUCAAAUGGAUUCGGGUGCUAUUGGACAGUUUCUAACGCAAGGGGUUGGCGCAGUGGCCAAGGACUUGAAGGCCAAAAUACAAAGGACUUUGUCCAGAAAUUGUCUAUCUACCCAAAUGGGAAUAAGAAAAGGAAUUGUGACUUAUCUCAUCUCUCUGUAUUUGGGGAUAGCAGAUACGAAAACUCCACCACCCGGCUGGGAGGUUAAUGUCAGCUUCAAAUUGUUUGUGUUUGAUCAUAUUCGAGAUAGAUACUUAACCAUUCAAGAUGGUGAAGGGGGUAUAAGGCGCUUUCAUCGGAUGAAGAUGGAGUGGGGUUUUGACAAAUUUAUUCCUUUAGAAAUAUUCAAUCAUGCUUCUAAUGGUUAUCUGCUUGAGGACUGCUGUGUAUUUGGAGCUGAGGUUUUUGUCGUGAAACAUAACGGCAAAGGCGAGUGCGUGAUGACAAUGAAAAAUCCUUUGAACAACACUUACACUUGGAAAAUCGAUAACGUUUCAAAACUAGAUGGGGAAGUAGUUCUCUCAGAAGCCUUCAUUGUUGGAGAGCACAAGUGGAAGUUGGUGAUUUAUCCGAAAGGAAAUGGAACUGCAAAAGACAAAAGCGUGUCAGUUUUUCUAAAGUUAGACGAUUGGGAAACCCUUCUGCCUGGAUGGAAAGUGUACGCUGAAUAUAAGCUGUGGAUAAGAGACGAGUUCCAGAUUCUUGGUACAAAUAUGCAGAAGCAAGUACUCCAGCACUGGUUCUGUGCCUCGAGCAAAAGCUAUGGUUAUCCAGAAUAUAUGGCCCUAAGUGAUCCCAAUAUCAAAAGGCUUCCUAUUGCAUGAUACCAUGAUUGUUGAAGCACAAAUCACGUACCCUGAUUUCUUAUACCAAGGAUUUCUAAUAUGUUGUGUUUCCAUCUACAACUUCUAUCCUGUUUUGUUAUCGUUAUCAUCAUCGUUCCCUGGAAAAUGCACCCAUGUUAUCAAAUUAAAGUUUCUCAACUUAAAAGAAGAUGGUAGAUGUUUGUCAUAUUAUGCGGCUAGAUAGAUGUUGCACGAGCCGAUAAUGUUACAUGCUUGCGUUUCCCAAUGGUUGAUCUUUUAUAUGUUCCAACGUCCUUUUAAGAUCCAGUAAACUUGAUUUGUUUGAUGUUUACAAUUAGUGAUGCUGAACAUUUUUCUCAAUGGAAUCUACCUUUGACAUUAGGUGUCGGUGUCGGGUAUCGUUAUU